AUGGAACUGCAGCGGCGUCGGCGACGGCAACCACUUCGGACACGUUAUGCCGAUGGCGACUCGCGAGGCCGCGUUUACGUACGCCAUCACGUCAGCUGGCGUGACGCAUGCGCUGAGCAUGGCGUGCGCGCGCGGCGAGCUGCCCGCCUGCGGCUGCACCGCCAACAGACGGCGCGUAGUGAACGCAGUGGAGCAGUUCCAGUGGGGCGGGUGCGGGUCAGGCGCGUUUGGUGCGCGCGUGGCGCGGCGGUUCCUCGACGCGCGGGAGCUCGAGCGGGAUGCGCGCGCGCUCAUGAACCUGCACAACAACCGCGUCGGCCGGAAGGUGAGCGAGGUACUACGCACUGCACCUGCACUUGUAUAUACACAUUUUUUUAUAAAAAGGUGUAGAUUGUAUAUCUGCGAGUGGCACGCAAAAUUGAAGAUAAUUAGCGUAAUCAGUUAUAGUAUUGAGUAUCGAAAAAUGUUAAAUUGUAAAAUGUAGGUACAUAGUGUAAUUUUGACUCUUUGAACGACCAACAUCUCAGUCCAACCCUUAAGUAUGAAGGCUGCAAUCUUUUAUCGUCGGGACAAAAUUAUAAUACAAAAAUCCGCGAUAAAAUAGUUGUAUUUCGAAGUCUAACAUUUGCGUAAGAAUAAGAAAUCAUUAGUAUUGAGUAUCUUUUGAAGUAUGUUGCCUAAAUAUUGUUCGAUAAAAUGUCCUGUAUGAUACAGUACGUAUUAUACUGAGGCGUACUAUUUCCACGUGUCAUAUUGUUGUUUGCUAUAAUAUUAGGCAAAUG